CUUUCCAAAUCACUUCCUCCGCCAAACUCGAAGCCCAACACACAAAGUUGCAAAAGUAAGCAACUUGGUUUUCCGUUCCUUUCUUUUCUUUUCUUUUCUUUGUCCUUUCUGCUCUGCUAGACAUGAAUGGGGAGGGAAAAUGGGGAGAUGAGGGACUGAAAAUGGAGGAAAUGGUUAAGGAUAAGUUGGUUUUUAUGUGGGGAUACCUUCCGGGAGCCUUGCCGCAACGAGCGCCGAUUUUGUCGCCGGUCGUUGUGCGCCCCAAUGGGUACACUUGGAAGGACGUUUGUGGCGGUGGUUGCGGUUUCGCCAUGGCUAUUUCUGAGUCUGGAAAGCUCAUUACUUGGGGUUCAACAGACGAUCUAGGUCAAAGCUAUGUGACGGCCGGGAAGCAUGGGGAAAUUCCUGAGCCCUUCCCUCUUCCAACUGAAUCUUCUAUCAUAAAAGCUGCAGCUGGUUGGGCCCAUUGUGUAGCAGCUACAGAUAGUGGAGAAGUUUAUACAUGGGGUUGGAAAGAGUGUGUUCCCUCAGGGAAAGUAUUUGGAGAUCCAUAUGUGGCGGGGGGCUUGGAAAGGGAUGUGUUAGAAAGACAGAGUCCAUUUUUAACAGAGCAAGUGAGCCCUCGCUCUCAAGGCUCAAGAUCUAGUAGUGGAACUGAUAGCCGAGGAGGUGGAGAUGAAAGUACAAAGCGCAGGAGAAUUUCAUCUGCAAAACAAACAGCUGAAAGCUCAUCUUCCAAUGAUGAGACACUCUCAGCAUUGCCAUGUCUAGUAACAUUGAAUCCAGGGGUGAGGAUUGCUACUGUUGCUGCCGGUGGUCGCCACACUUUAGCAUUGUCAGUUUCAGAUAUAGGACAGGUGUGGGGUUGGGGCUAUGGAGGUGAAGGGCAACUUGGUUUGGGCUCCCGGAUACGCAUGGUGUCCUCUCCUCAUCCUGUACCUUGCAUUGAUUCUUCCUAUGGAAAAGAUAGACCUGCAACACUUUCUCGAGGAGGCAUGACUUCAGAGGAGCAUGGUUUUAGAGUUCCUGGAAGUUAUGUGAAGGAGAUUGCCUGUGGAGGGCGACAUAGUGCAGUAAUCACAGAUGCUGGAGCACUCCUUACUUUUGGCUGGGGACUCUAUGGACAGUGUGGACAAGGGAGUACCGAUGACGAGCUGAGCCCAAUUUGUGUAUCUUCAUUGCUGGGCAUACGGAUAGCGGGUGUUGCUGCAGGCUUGUGGCACACUGUUUGCAUUUCUGCUGAUGGUGAUGUUUAUGCAUUUGGUGGGAAUCAGUUUGGGCAAUUGGGUACUGGUGGUGAUCAGGCAGAGACUACCCCCAGGCUCUUGGAUGCUCCUAGUUUGGAAGAUAUGCAUGCAAAAGUAAUCUCUUGUGGGGCUCGUCACGCUGCUAUAGUCACAGAGGAUGGGAAAGUGUUAUGCUGGGGGUGGAACAAGUAUGGCCAGCUUGGGUUGGGGGAUGUGAUCGACCGCAACAUUCCUUCUCCAGUUACUAUAGAGGGUUGUGUCCCUCGAAAUGUAGCAUGUGGCUGGUGGCACACUGUACUUUUGGCUGAAUCUCCUACUUGAGUAGCUGCCCUCUACAAGCCAUGGCACAGUUUUGUUAGGUUAGAUGUUCCUUUUAAUUGAUAUAUCAGUAUAUAUGUAUAUGUAUAUACAAUAAUUGGAAUACAAAUACAUAUGCUAGUUUGCAUUCUUCCUUAGCUCAGAUUCACCUAAGUUCUUUUAACACUAUUAUAAGAGCAAUACAUUGCAAUUCAGAUGUAUAACAUAAUGUAGUUCCAUUGUGUAUAUAUUUUUUUAAUAGAAUUUAAACCUGAAAUGUAAUCAGAUGUCUUGGAAAGCUAAUUAUUGUUAUUUGUUGGCUGUUCUGAA